CUAGUUCAUUGCAUUCAUACUGAGUUGGUUUCGUGUUCUUGUAUACAGUAAACUACAACAGAUUUCCAUCAUUCAAAAUGAAUUGGAUCAUAACUUUGGCUCUUGUUUCAUUGGGAUCAUCUGUCACAUUUGCCGCUUUAGAUGAGAAAGACUUCGGCAGUUCUCUACAACAAGUGUAUAAAUCUUUCCAUGACAAAUGUAAUAUGGUAGUUGGGAUAAACCAGAAGGAUAUUGACGAAAUGAAAAAUGGAACAUUUGCCAAUGAUGAAAGGGCUCAGCGUUACGUACUGUGUCUCUACGUUUUCUCGGGUGUGUUAUCCACUGACCUCAGUGUCAAUAUAGAUCUGCUUGAAUAUUAUGCCCCAGGAAAAAUCAAUGAACAAACUUACAUUGACUGUAUUGAAGAAACCAAAAAAUCUGGUAUUCAUGAACCAGCUCAUCUCAUGGUAUGGAAAGCAACUCAAUGUAUUUACAACAAAGAUCCUGAGAAUUUCCUCAUGUACUGAAGCGAAAACGGGCCAACGGAAUGGAAGCAGCUUCGACUUGAUGUGAAUGCUAUGAAAAAUUCCAAAAUGUUGAUUUAGGUCUAUGGAGAAAAAUGUAUCAGUCAAUAAAUAUUCCAACUCUA